AGAUGAACAAGAGGACAGGGCAGCCCAUGAUAAACCUCUACAUCGACAAAGAAACCGGCAAACCGAAAGGAGAUGCCACCAUAUCUUACGAUGACCCGUCCACCGCCAAGACAGCUGUGGAGUGGUUUGAUGGGAAGGAUUUCCAGGGGAACAAGCUCAAGGUCACCCUGGCACGGAAGAAGGGCCUGAUGAACAGCCUGCGGGGUGGGAUGCCCCCCCGGGAGCAGCGGGGAAUGCCCCCCCCUCUCCGCGGAGGUCCAGGGGGUCCUGGUGGCCCGGGGGGACCUGGUGGCCCAAGUGGUCCCAUGGGUCGAAUGGGAGGCAGAGGUGGAGACAGAGGUGGCUUCUCCUCCAGAGGACCACGGGGAUCCAGGGGAAACCCCUCCGGCGGGAGCGUCCAGCACCGAGCUGGCGACUGGCAGUGUCCCAACCCGGGAUGCGGCAACCAGAACUUUGCCUGGAGAACAGAGUGCAACCAGUGCAAGGCUCCUAAACCAGAGGGGUUUCUUCCACCGCCUUUCCCUCCUCCAG